AUGGGGAACCUUGUGCUUUUUGACAGAAACAAUGCAACGGUUUGGCAGUCAUUUGAUCAGCCCACAGACUGUUUAGUUCCUGGGCAGAAGCUGCUUUCGGGGCAGAAGCUGAUUGCUAGCAUACAGUUCCAGUCCAAGUGUCCAGCGCUAGAGGAUGGAGACGAAUUGGUUGGGCCUGCCUGUCACAUCCCAACUCUAAGGGCAUGA